UUUUGUGCCAGCCGAUCUCCAGAAAGCGUGUUUGCAUCGUCUUUAUUUACCACCAGUGUUGUACGAAACGGAAAGCUCCGGUUUGUAAUUUUGGUUCAUGAUUUUUGCCACUAGCUCGACACAAAAUGAAGGUGAAAGUGAUAAGCCGCAACCCGGACAACUAUCUGCGUGAAACCAAAAAAGACAUUCACAAAGUGUUUCGAAAUUACGACGCAGCAUUGCAUCCGUUCGAGGGAGCACGCGAGUAUGUACGAGCGUUGAAUUCAACCAAGCUGGAACGGGUCUUUGCGAAACCGUUCGUCGGGAAUUUGGACGGCCACAAGGAUGGUAUAUCAGCGCUGGCCAAACAUCCGAAAAGCUUAUCUUUUCUGCUCAGUGGUUCUUACGACGGUGAGGUUAAGCUGUGGGACGUCCCGAAUCGGGAGUGCCGACAAACCAUACAGUGUCACAGUGGUUAUGUGCGGGGAAUUGCGUUUUCUAACGACGGGUCCAGGUUUUUCACAAUCGGUGAUGACAAAACCAUUAAGACUUGGGAUUCGUCCAUGGCCGACCGUGAAGAGGAGCAACUGGAACCUUUAAACACAAUUUUGGGUAAAACGGUUAUCACGUCGAUCUCUCACAACUACGAAGAACCUUACUUUGCGACGUGUGGAGAAAGUUGCAAUAUUUGGGAUGAAACGCGAAAUUCCCCUAUUAAAACUCUUCAAUGGGGUGUCGACACAUUGUACGACAUCAAGUACAAUCCGGUGGAAACGUCACUUUUGGCCGCUUGUUGCAGCGACCGUGGUAUCAUAUUCUACGAUCAGCGAGAGGUUAAACCACUGCGAAAGAUCGUUAUGACCCUGAGGCCCAAUCAGCUAGCGUGGAACCCAAUGCAAGCUUUUUAUUUCACGGUAGCCAGUGAAGAUUACAACUUGUACACGUUUGAUACCCGUCGGUUGAAGAACCCUCUGAAGAUCCACAACGGUCAUGUGUCAGCAGUGACCUGCGUCGAUUAUGCUCCGACUGGGCGUGAGUUUGUUGCCGGUAGUUAUGAUAAAACUAUUCGCAUUUUCGACGCUCACAAGGCCAACAGCCGUGACAUUUAUCACACCAAGCGAAUGCAGCACGUCACAUGCGUCGGCUGGUCGUUGGACAAUAGAUACAUUUACUCCGGCUCGGACGAGAUGAACGUUCGCUUAUGGAAGGCACGAGCCGCUGAAAAGUUGGGUGCUCUUCAACCUCGCGAAAAGCAAGCCUUUAAAUACAACGAGGCUCUUAAGGAGAAGUAUGCGGCACAUCCCCAGAUUCGUCGUAUCGCUCAACAUAGGCAGGUACCGAAGGUGGUGUACAAGGAGCGUCAGAAGCUGCAAACGGCCAAGGAGAAAGUUAAACGGAAGGAGGAGAACGUUCGGAAGAACUCCAAACCCGGAAAGGUGCCGUAUGUAGCUGAGAGCAAGAAGAAGGUCCUGCGCGAGGAACGCUGACGGAAUUCAGAGAGGCUAGCGAUCCGUUGUGCUUCGUGAAAUUUGCGAAACACUAUAGAUUUUGUUACAUUGUCAAGUUUUUAGUAAAUAAAAUCGUCUUAAAAUUUGUGA